AUGGGGCUGGUGUCCAGCAGCGACAUCUACAACCAGAGAGGAGACCAGGUGCUGGGGGACGUGCCGCGCACAUGCAAAGUCGUGGACGACGUCCUAGCCUGGGACGCCAGUUAUGAAGAGCAUCUCAAGCAUGUGUGGGAUAUCCUGAAGCGGUGCGAUGAGAACGGGAUAACGCUGAACACGAGCAAGUGCACCUUCGCAGCGGAGUCGGUGAACUUCUGCGGCUUCAGUAUCUCCGCUGAGGGGUACAGACCAGACAGGAAGAAGACGGCAGCCGUCUCUGACUUCCCACGGCCGGAGAACGUCACAGACCUAAGGUCCUUUCUAGGUCUGGUGCAUCAGAUGGGCUCCUUUUCACCAGAGGUAGCCAAAGCUGCUGAACCGCUGCGCCAGCUUCUGAGUCCCAAGAACACAUGGCUGUGGACAGAAGUGCACAUGAAGGCAUUCCACGACGUGAAGGAAGCACUGGUCAGGCCACCAGUCCUGAGCUUCUUCAACCCGAAGAGGAGGACGGUCCUGGAGACAGAUGCGGCGCGGCUGAAGGGAUUGGGAUUCAGUCUGCGGCAGCAAGACGAGGAUGGAAGGUGGCAUCUGAUUCAGUGCGGAUCCAGGUUUUUGACAGACACUGAAACCCGAUACGCUGUCAUCGAGGUCGAGAUGCUGGCCAUCCUGUGGGCUGCCAGGAAGUGCAACACCUACUUGCAAGGCAUGCAACAGUUCGAGGUUGCCACAGAUCACAGGCCCCUCAUACCGAUUAUCAACACGAAGAGUCUGCAGGACAUCGCCAACCCACGUCUUCAGCGACUUCGAGGAAGUCUUGCGCCCUACAACUUCGUGGCAGUCUGGCGCCAGGGGAAGCUUCACGCUAUACCAGACGCUCUGUCAAGGUACCCUGUGGAGGCGCCUUCUGAGGACGACAAGAAGGAGGAACGUGAGCUGACUUCACACAGCUCUGAGGUCAUCCGCGCGAUAACCAGUGUUGAAGUGGACGGGACGGACGCCUCACCGUUCGAAGAUGCGACGCUGACAGCGGUGCGGUCAGCUACGGAGAAGGAUCCGGAGUUGCUGGAGCUGAGGGCAGCUGUGCUGGACGUUUUCCCUGAGCACAAGUCGCAGUUGCAGCCACUUCUUCAUCCCUACUGGAACAUGCGCGAUCGGCUAGCAGUGGACAACAAUAUCGUCAUUUGUGGGCAGCGAGUUGUCGUACCCAGCAGCCUCCGCCGUAACGUUCUAGAGAGACUGCAUGCUAGUCAUCAAGGAGAAGACAGGACCAAAAGACGAGCCAGACAAGUGGUGUACUGGCCAGGUAUCGACAACGACAUCUCGAACAUGGUGAAGAGCUGCAAGGAGUGCCAGCUACAUCUGCCCAGACAGCAGAAAGAACCGAUUAUACAGCUACCUCAACCGACUAGAGUCUUUGAAGUCGUGUCAGCCGAUUUCUUCGAGUACGCAGCACACACAUACCUGGUGUAUGUAGACAGACUCUCCGGGUGGCCGUGGGUGUGCCACAUGGGAAGAUCGGCGUCAGCCCAUCAACUGACUACCAGUCUGCGGAAGGCCUUCGCGUCUACCGGAGCUCCGUGCCUGUUACUCACUGACGGUGGACCUCAGUUCACGGCGAAGAAGACCCGGGAAUUCCUGGACAAGUGGGGUGUUCGUCAGCAGUUCUCGUCACCUCACUAUCCACAGGCCAACGGACAUGCGGAGGCGGCAGUAAAAGCUGUCAAACGGCUGGUCAAGAAGGUGACUGUCGGAGGCGAUCUCGACACAGACGCCUUCGCCGAGGGACUACUGGAGCUGCGGAACGCUCCAAGAGCAGACGGGAGAUCGCCGGCUCAGAUUCUCCUCGGUCACCCGCUGAGAUCGAGGAUUCCGGCUCAUCAGCGUUCGUUCGCCAAGUGCUGGCUGGAACGUGCCGAUGAGGUCGACAGACAAGUCACAGAACAGAGACGCAAGGAGGCGGAGCGCUACAACUCAUCUGCGCGCUCGCAUCGCCCUCUACAGCUGGGACAGCAUGUGCUGAUGCAAGAUCACCGCACGGGCCUGUGGGACUGCACAGGCAUCAUCAGUGGCAUCAGCAAGGAGCGACGCAGUUUCCUGGUGCGCACGCCAUCCGGGCGCAUAUACUGGCGCAACAGACGUUUCCUGCGCCCGCUGCGCCCGCUCGUCACCGCCAACGGCGGGCCGGCGCGCGCGGCGCUGGAGGUUCCAGCACAGGAUCCCACCGCGGCUCUGGCAGGAGCGGCCGCUGGGACGCCAACGGCCGCGACAGAAGCAGAGCAGUCAACGUCAUCGGCUAUGACGUCACGACAGCCGCCAAGAACGCCGGCUGCUGAUACUCGCCGAGCGCCGGAGGGGGGUGACGGUGACGGAGACCGCGCGGUGACGGUGACGGAGACCGCGCGUCGGUCGCCGAGAGCUGAUCCGCCGAUUCGUCGCAGUGGUCGUAACCGUCGCGAGCCGGUCAGGUUACAG